UGCUGAGUUCGAUGUUCCGUUCCCGUCAGGAACUAUCCCUAAACUCAACCGUAAUAGCAAUAGCAGUAGAGGCAGAAGAGAGAAUCAUCAGAGAAGAUGAAAGAAGCAAAGCGUAGUCGUAAACGGAAGAGAGGAAAGGUUCAUAAGAAAUCUUCCACUCCGGCCGGAAACGAUCCUUCUAAUUUCUCCGGCGUGAAUCAGUCUAUGGUUUCGAAUACGGCGAUCUCAAAAACUAAGAAAACUUCGUCUUUUAUCGAUAAGAUGAAGGCGAGAUUAUCAGGAGGACACUUCCGUAUGCUUAAUGAAAAACUCUACACUUGCUCAGGAGAUGAGGCGCUUAAUUAUUUCAAGGAAAAUCCAGAACUUUUUAAUGUGUAUCAUGCAGGGUAUCAGGAGCAAAUGUUACAUUGGCCAGAAAAACCUGUUAAUAUAAUCACAAAAUGGCUAAAGGAUCAUAGCCCUUCAUUAAUUGUUGCUGACUUUGGCUGCGGAGAUGCACGGCUGGCAAGAAGUGUGAAGAACAAAGUGUGGUCUUUGGAUCUUGUCGCACAUGAUCCUUCAGUUAUUGCUUGUGACAUGUCAAAUACCCCUCUAGAGUCCUUGUCGGUUGAUGUGGCCAUCUUUUGCCUUUCAUUGAUGGGAACUGAUUAUCCAAGCUUUCUUCAGGAAGCGCGCAGAGUUCUUAAACCCAGGGGGUGGCUUUUGAUAGCAGAAGUUAAAAGCAGGCUUGAUCCAACUACAGGGGGUGCCGACCCAAGCAAUUUUUUGAAAGCUAUUUGUGAUCUUGGGUUUACUAUUGAGUCAAAGGAUUUCUCUAACAAAAUGUUUGUGCUGUUCUACUUAAAGAAAAAGGAAAACCAGAAUUCAGUAGACAAAGAGAUUAAUUGGCCUGAGCUCAAGGCAUGUAUUUAUAAACGGCGCUAAGUUUGGCCAUAAUAUGGUCUAAGAUUUUACUAUAGUCCCUGUUCAUUCUGGAGAUGGGUUUAAACUUGUUGCUAGAUCUCACUCAUUAUUUCAAACCGUGCUCCCAAAAAAGACUCUGUCCACUGAAGUGAGGAAUGGACGCUGUUGUGUUUGAAAGAAUGCGCUUCACAAUGAUUCUAGGAGAAAAGUAGUCUAUUCUUUGAAUCUCAUCUUUGAGAAGUGGGAUUAGUAUUGGCAUUAUUGUAGUAUAUUGGAUUUUUGAAAUUGUAGUUAUUUUAAUUGUUUGAAAAUCAUAGUACUAAAUUAAUAUGAUAUUAAAGUAUUUGUUUGAUGAGAUUCAA